AUGCCUCCUCUCCGUCUGUGGGAGACAAGCGGUUGUCCUUUGGUCCUUGGGCUCCCCCAACCAGGAUGCUCCAACUGUCAGUUCUCUACCAACCAACCCCACUGCCCACCUCCACUCCUCCAACUGUCAGUUCUCUACCAACCAACCCCCAAUGCCCACCUCCAAUCCUCCAACUGUCAGUUCUCUACCAACCAACCCCCAAUGCCCACCCCCACUCCUCCAACUGUCAGUUCUCUACCAACCAACCCCCACUGCCCACCUCCACUCCUCCAAAUGUCAGUUCUCUACCAAUCAACCCCCACUUCCCACCUCCAAUCCUCCAACUGUCAGUUCUCUACCAACCAACCCCCACUGCCCACACCCACUCCUCCAACUGUCAGUUCUCUACCAACCAACCCCCACUGCCCACCUCCAAUCCUCCAACUGUCAGUUCUCUACCAACCGACCCCCAAUGCCCACCCCCACUCCUCCAACUGUCAGUUCUCUACCAACCAACCCCCACUGCCCACCCCCAUUCCUCCAUCUGUCAGUUCUCUACCAACCGACCCCCACUGCCCACCUCCAAUCCUCCAACUGUCAGUUCUCUACCAACCAACCCCCACUGCCCACCCCCACUCCUCCAACUGUCAGUUCUCUACCAACCAACCCCCACUGCCCACCUCCACUCCUCCAACUGUCAGUUCUCUACCAACCAACCAACCCCCACUGCCCACCUCCAAUCCUCCAACUGUCAGUUCUCUACCAACCAACCCCCACUGCCCACUCCCACUCCUCCAACUGUCAGUUCUCUAUCAACCAACCCCCACUGCCCACCUCCAAUCCUCCAACUGUCAGUUCUCUACCAACCAACCCCCACUGCCCACCCCCACUCCUCCAACUGUCAGUUCUCUACCAACCAACCCCCACUGCCCACCUCCACUCCUCCAACUGUCAGUUCUCUACCAACCAACCCCCACUGCCCACCUCCACUCCUCCAACUGUCAGUUCUCUACCAACCAACCCCCACUGCCCACCUCCACUCCUCCAACUGUCAGUUCUCUACCAACCAACCCCCACUGCCCACCCCCACUUCUCCAACUGUCAGUUCUCUACCAACCAAUCCCACUGCCCACCUCCACUCCUCCAACUGUCAGUUCUCUACCAACCAACCCUACUGCCCACCUCCACUCCUCCAACUGUCAGUUCUCUACCAACCAACCCCACUGCCCACCUCCAAUCCUCCAACUGUCAGUUCUCUACCAACCAACCCCCACUGCCCACCUCCACUCCUCCAACUGUCAGUUCUCUACCAACCAAUCCCACUGCCCACCCCCACUCCUCCAACUGUCAGUUCUCUACCAACCAACCCCCACUGCCCACCUCCAAUCCUCCAACUGUCAGUUCUCUACCAACCAAUCCCACUGCCCACCCCCACUCCUCCAACUGUCAGUUCUCUACCAACCAACCCCCACUGCCCACCCCCACUCCUCCAACUGUCAGUUCUCUACCAACCAACCCCCACUGCCCACCUCCACUCCUCCAACUGUCAGUUCUCUACCAACCAACCCCACUGCCCACCUCCACUCCUCCAACUGUCAGUUCUCUACCAACCAACCCCCACUGCCCACCCCCACUCCUCCAACUGUCAGUUCUCUACCAACCAACCCCCACUGCCCACCUCCACUCCUCCAACUGUCAGUUCUCUACCAACCAAUCCCACUGCCCACCUCCACCUCCACUCCUCCAACUGUCAGUUCUCUACCAACCAACCCCCACUGCCCACCCCCACUCCUCCAACUGUCAGUUCUCUACCAACCAACCCCCACUGCCCACCCCCACUCCUCCAACUGUCAGUUCUCUACCAACCAACCCCCACUGCUCACCCCCACUGUCAGUUCUCUGCCAACCCUCACUCCUUUAACCUCCAUUCCCUCCCCAAGACCCUCAAAACCACUCACACAUUAG